AUGUCUGCUAAUCCUUCAACUCCUAGAACUCCUGAAACACCAGGAACGCCUCCAACUGCAAAUAAUAAUGAGCAAUUUAAUUUUAUUCUUACCUAUUUAUAUAGAGCUCAAAGGGAUGUGAAGAAUAUGCUUAAAACUAUAAAAGAUGAAACUACUGCUGAAUUUGAAAAAAUUAAAGAAGGUCUAGAAGAAUUUUACACUCAAACGAACCAAAAAUUUGAAGACGUAGAAGUUUUUAUUAUAGAUGGAGCUUCUCUUAAAGAUGAUGUUGAAACGCUAAAACGUAAGGCUCUUGCAGGUGAUUCAAAGAAGCUUGAAAACGAUUUAGAGAUUCUUAAAAUUGAAAAUGAAAAAAAGUCACUUGAAAUUUUGAAGAUGAAGGAAGAAAUGAAUGAAUUACAUCAUUUUCUAGCCCUUGUUAAUACCUUUUUAGCAGUGAUUUUUUGUGGAGCUGCUUAUCAACGAGAUGAAGACUUCAAUAUUUAUAUCUUAGCUAUGUUUCUCUCCCUCUCUUAUUUAGGUUUACUGUGCGAAUUUAGCUUUAUAACUCUCAUAGGUUUCAAGAAACCAAGUUAA